GGGGGAGGGCUCGGAACGGCGGAAGCGGCUGCGGGAGACGGCACCAUGGCUCAGGCUGUCACCUGGCUCAAGCGGCUGUGCGGGGCCAGGGAGCCUCCCCAAACCCCAGAGGCCCCACUCAACCCCCCUCGGGAGACGCUGUUCCGACAGGAGGGACCCGGGGGGGUGACGUACCGAAUCCCGGCGCUGCUCCACGUGCCUCCCCGCACCCUGCUGGCCUUUGCUGAGAAGCGCUCCUCCAUCCGGGAUGAGGACGCGCAGCUCCUGGUGCUGCGCCGGGGGCGGUGGAACGGGAGUAAGGUGGAGUGGGGCCCUGCGGAGGAGCUGAGCCAGCUGACCCUCCCUGCCCACCGCACCAUGAACCCCUGCCCUCUGUACGAUGCCAACAGCGGCACCGUUUUCCUCUUCUGCAUCUGCGUGCGGCGCCGCGUCUCCGAGUGGCAUCAGAUCGUGGUGGGACGCAGCGCGGCGCGGCUCUGCUGCUCCUCCAGCCCGGACGGCGGCCUCACCUGGAGCCCCCUGCGCGAUCUCACCCACGAAGCCAUCGCCUCCGACCUGCCCUACUGGGCCACUUUCGCCGUGGGGCCGGGCCAUGGCGUGCAGCUGGACUCGGGUCGCCUGGCCGUGCCGGCGUACGCUUACUACGUUCACGGCCGGCUCUGCGGUGUCCCGCUGCCCUGCUUCACCCGCCCGCAUUCCUUCGUCUUCUACAGCGACGACGGCGGACGGAGCUGGCAGAAAGGUUCCCUGCUGCGGGGCAUGAGGACCGGAGAGUGCCAGGUGGCUGAGAUCGCUGCCGAGGAUGGAGGGAGGCUGCUUUACUGCAGUGCCCGUCGGCCGUGCCGCUGCCGGGCCGUGGCUGUCAGUGCUGACCGUGGGCAGCGGUUCGGCCUCCCGGCGAGGAGCCCGGCGUUGUGCGAACCGCCGCAGGGCUGCCAGGGCAGCGUGGUCAGCUUUGUGCCCAGCACCAUUGGGUGUCCUGUAGGCACCACCAAGAGCCCCAGUGGGGACACCCGACGUUGGCUGCUCUGCUCUGACUCAACCAACCAGCGCCUGCGAUGCCGUUCAGGCAAUGAGAGCCCCAGCAGGGACACCCAGCGUUGUCUGCUCUGUGCCACCAGCCCUGAAAGUCCCAGCAGGGACACCCAACUCUGCUACCAUCCAACCAACCUGCAACAACGCUGUGAUUUAGGGCUCCACGUCCAUACCGCACCGCCUAGUGAGUGUCCUACAGGCACUGCCAGCACUGAGAGCCCCAAUGGGGACACCCAGCGUCGGCUGCUCUCCUCCAACCCCACCAACCAGCUCCAGCAAUGUGAUUUAGGGACCGAGAGCCCCAGUGGGGACACCCAGCGUCGGCUGCUCUGCUCCAACCCCACCAACCAGCUCCAGCAAUGUGAUUUAGGGACCGAGAGCCCCAGUGGGGACACCCAGCGUCGGCUGCUCUGCUCCAACCCCACCAACCAGCUCCAGCAAUGUGAUUUAGGGACUGAGAGCCCCAGUGGGGACACCCAGCGUCAGCUGCUCUGCUCCAACCCCACCAACCAGCUCCAGCAAUGUGAUUUAGGGACCGAGAGCCCCAGUGGGGACACCCAGCGUCGGCUGCUCUGCUCCAACCCCACCAACCAGCUCCAGCAAUGUGAUUUAGGGACCGAGAGCCCCAAUGGGGACACCCAGCGUCAGCUGUUCUGCUCCAACCCCACCAACCAGCUCCAGCAAUGUGAUUUAGGGACCGAGAGCCCCAGUGGGGACACCCAGCGUUGGCUGCUCUACUCCCACCCCACCAACCGGCGCCACCGUCGCGAUUUAGGGCUCUACGUCAAUACGGCGCCGCCCAACGAGGGGGGCUGGCGGCACCCAAGGGUGCUGCAGGAGGGACCUUGUGGGUAUUCUGACCUGGCCGUGUGCCCCGAUGGGGUCUUUGGGUGCCUGUUUGAGUGCGGGGAGGUCAGCGGCUGCGAGGAGAUCGCCUUCUGCCUCUUCACAUUGGGCACCGCGGGAGGUGGUGAAGGCAGCGAGAGGCCUUGCCUUGGGAAAGAACCCAUUUUUGGGGUUUUGUCCCCAAAGAGCAGCGGGGAGAAUUCAGAGGAAGAUGUGAGGGAUGCAAACCCAGCGGUGGAGAAGCAGCGUUGCAAGGCUUUUAAUUAAGACUUUCCUGUGAAUUGACUGACGCCCGUCGUUGGGUUGGCGAUGGUGUAGGAAGGAACUGGGUGUGACAGGACGUGAGGGGACAGCAGCACACUGCAGUGCCCAGAUGGAAUUAGAAAUGGACAUUUUAAGGGGGUGGUGGUGGUGGGUCGGGUUUGGACUUGGGGGCUCAGAGAUCUUUUCCGACUUCAGUGAUCCUGUGAUUUUUCAGCUGGGGAAAAGCCAAAAUCAGAGAUGAGUUACAAGUUCCUGACUCUUAUUAUGUGCCACCAGAGAAUAUUUCUCCUUUUUUAGAGUUUUUCCCCUGUUUUUUCCAUUGCCUGAUGCCUGCUCAGAGCCCAGCUCUGUCUGUCCAACCACAGGGGCAGACAGGCGGUGCCACAUCCCCAGGCUGGUGAUGGCAGCUCAGCGUGGGCCCACAUCCUUGUGCCAGCAGCGAAUAAAGCUCCAAAAGGAAUCCAA